AUGUCUUACCUACAAACAAUAGAUAAUAAAGAAUUUGUCAAAGAGUUAGUGCGGCGAAAUAAUAAAGGGGCGGACAAUCUUUUUCAACUAAGUGCUAAUAUUGAAGCGACAGUCAACUCUAAAAAUCGCUAUAAAUUAGAGAGAAAUGAAGCCAGAACUGAAUUAGAAGAAAAAAAUAAUCGUCUUUUCCAAUUAGAGAAACUUUUUAAAGGCACGGCUAAUAUUUUUAAUAAGCAGCACAAUUAUGUGGAGCAACUUAAAAAUAAGUUAGAACAAGAAAUUAGCGAUAAAAAUAUUAGCCAAGAACAAGCUCAACAUUUACAAGAGGAUAUUACUAGUUUAGAAACCCAAAAACAAGAAUUAGAGCAAAGAAUUACCGAACUACAACAAGCAGAACAAAAUAAUAAAACUUUACGAGAUAAAGAAUUAGCCGAUAAAGAUAAGGAAAUCCAAAGGAUUACCGAACUUUUAAAUAAAAGUGAGACCCAGAUUACUGAUUUAAAAGCAAAACUCUUAAAUGAUGAAGAAAAAACUUGGUUAAUUAACUUGGUACGUUUAUUAAUUGAAGUUCGUGCGGAUUUAACAAAUCCAACUAUCUCUCCUGACAAGAAUUCUGCGAUUAAAAAAUGA